CAGUCAAGCUAGUCAAUGGGAAUUUUCGGUCGCGCUUAAACAAUAAAAAUAAAAACAGAACUCGUGUCGUUCGGCAUUGACUUUUAAGAUAUGCCUGCAAUAUAAACGAAAAAAGCUAGCGCCAAUUUGUAUUUCAUACUGAUAGCUAAUAGUCGCAAUUAUCAGUCGCCAGAACUCACAGAAGGUGUUUGUUGUACAUAAUACAUUUAACACAGAAAUAACAUUAUUGCUUCACAUUGAGAUAAGAGCUCUGCUCAAAUUAAAAAUACUGAGCUGGUAAAUUGUAGCGUCGCUACAAUGACUGAGCAUCACCUGCCGGUCACUAACAAUCAGACUGUCGUCGAUUACGGAAGCACGACGACCACGCCGAUUUUGAGUCCAUCUCAGAGAGCCGCACGCACACAACGAUUGCCAUCCUUUGUCCUUCUCAACGAAUCUCCAACUCCCCAACGAUACACAAGAAUGUCGCAUAAUACGUUACACGGCGAGACCCAAAGGACUGGGGAACGUUUGGAAUACUUUCUGAAUGUUCUGAAUCAGAUGUGCAUUGGAUUUAUAACCAUUUACAUCUCGUACAUUACGCUGCGAACCGGUCUGGCCGGCACUUCCCUCCAUGCCUGGCUGGUCACCAUUGGGUUCUCCUUCCUAAUGGCGGAAGGCGUUAUGGUCCACUAUGGCAACAAUGUGUUAACCAAUAGUUACAAGCGCAACACCAAGACCACCAUUCACUGGAUAGUUCUAACACUAGGUGGAACCUGUGGAGCUGCUGGAGCGCUCAUUAAAAUGAUACAGAAGGGAUUCUUGCUGCAGUCUACUCAUGGCAGACUGGGUAUCACUGCCUUUAUACUCUGUUUGUUGUCAAUGAGCUCGGGAUUGGCAGCUCUUUGCUCGCAACGUGUUAAGAGAGUGCUUACGCCGCUCUUGAACAAAGCAUUGCACAAUUUCUUGGGAUUCGCGUGCUUUGUGAUUGCCCUGGUUACGCAGUACUAUGGAUAUGAGACCGGCUACUUCAAGAGUCGCUCUGAGUGGGAUCUACGGAUACUGAUGAAAGUUGUAACACUCUUAUCACUAGUCCUGUCCAGCAUUGGUCCUCUCAAGGCAUUCUAUCAUAAAGUAAAAGCUCUUUCGAGAUAGUGCUAAAAUCUCGCUAUAUUUUAUAAGUAUGAAUACCAGUCGCUGUGCAAUGAGAUUCUCUCAACGCUCCCUCACAUUUCCGUUGAGCUUUGUUUACAUAACAACAAAAGCGAUCAUACAAUGGAAAAAUCCCCAAUGCGGCCCACUAAUUAGUCAAGCAUCUG